AGCACACGGCUGACGCGUUUGUUGUGGUUUCUCUGUGACUGCAAGUCCCAUGGAACCGAAGGCUUCCCAAGCAGCUAACAGCCCUCCACCGAAACCUUGGGAACGAGCAGGAGCUUCAUCUGGUCCUGCACCUUUUAAACCACCAUCAGCUGGUUGCACUAGUAAUGUAGUGGAGGCUUCAGGAACUGCAAAACCUGGAGAAAUUAUUUCUACUUCAGAGAGAAAUGCCACUGUCAACAGAAAUUCUCUUGGGAGGCCUGUUCCCUCAAGGCCUUGGGAGCAGACUUAUGGAAAUAAUAGUUAUGGAGGUUAUAAUUCAGGCUUGAACUAUAACUCGGGCUACGGUUCUGGACUGUAUAGCUCAUAUGGUGGUGGUGGGAUGGGAGGAUUGUACAAUGGAGGGAUGUAUGGUAACUCAAUGUAUAGAGGAGGAUAUGGUGGACUUUAUGGAUCUUCUGGGAUGUAUGGAGGGGGAACAUAUAGUGGUGGUCUGGGAGGUCCAAUUGGUGGUUAUGGAAUGGGUGUGGGUGGCCCCUAUGGAGCUCAAGAUCCGAACAAUCCAUUUGGUGAACCUCCGUCCCCUCCAGGGUUUUGGAUUUCGUUCCUUCGGGUGAUGCAAGGUGUGGUAAACUUUUUCGGCCGAGUUGCCAUUCUCAUUGACCAAAACACACAAGCAUUCCAUAUGUUUAUUUCAGCACUUCUUCAGCUUUUUGAUCGCUCUGGCUUAUUAUAUGGAGAGCUAGCAAGAUUUGUAUUCAGGCUGCUGGGAAUUAGAACAAAGCUCAGAAAGGCCCAUCCACCCGGUCCAGAUGGACUCCCACUCCCUGGUCCACCCAGUGCGCAUUCGGGUCAGAACUACAUGGGGAACCCCAAGGCUGCUCCAGGUGAUUCUUGGGACAAUGUGUGGGGAAAUGAUGGCAACAAAUGAUGAAUAAGAGAUUUCUUGUCGGGUAUGAUACCUGGGACAGUGAUGCUAUUGAAUGACAUAAAGGUGAGAUAGUUUUGCUUGGGAUUGCAUUGGAUCCUCCCGGAACUCAAACAAACCCUUCCCCGGCCUCGUUCCUAGCCUGCACCCACCCUCAAAAGAAAAGAUCUGUUUAUUAGUUGUAACAAUAGUGGUUUCCCCAAUGGUCUGUUGUAAUGAACACAAAUGUACUAAAGAACAUUAUUUGCAAAAUGGAAUUACAUAUUUGUUA